CCAGCAUUCGUUGCAGCAAAAAUCAGAUGUGUACUUAAUAAUACAAGGUAGGCAGAAACUCACCAGGGUUCAUUUAAGAUGCUAUAGCAGAAAUACAGGCUGAGCAACCCCCACUGGGAAGAAAAAAUAACAAAAAUAUAGAGAUGGUGUUCCCCAGAGCAUAUCCCAGCAUGCAAGAGCGAGUGAGAGAUGUCCAAAGCAAAUUUCAAAAUCAUCAUAUCAAGCAAAACAUUAUAAAGGGAAAAAUUGUUAUUCAAAAUCAUGGGCAAUCAGGACCAGGAAAAUCAGCAUCUGUACAGAUUUAUAGCAGCACUACAAUCGAUCCAAGCACAGGCAAAGGAAUGUUGAGUACAAAAGCCUACCUCAAGCAUGGAAAAAGCAAGGGACAUGAUGGCACAAAAACAAGAGUAUACAAAAUAAAAAUACAUGUCGAGCCGGACUUUGGGAUUCCAGGAGCUUUUCUUAUGAAAAAUCAACAUAAGCAUAAAUUCUUCCUUGAAUCUGUAACUCUUGAAAUUCUAGACAAUCAGAUCAUCUACUUUGACUGCAGAUCUUGGGUAUAUCCAUUCCAAAAGACAAAAUCAGAGCGCCUAUUCUUCUCAAACAAUAGUUAUCUUCCAAAUCAUACACCUAGCGCUCUGGUGGAGUUGAGAAAGCUGGAACUUGCUAGCCUGAGAGGGGAUGGAAAACAAGUGAGGAAGGAAUGGGAUCGAAUCUAUGACUAUGAUUAUUACAACGAUCUUUGUAAUCCAGAUAAAGGUCAGGAACACAUGAGACCAGUCCUGGGUGGUUCUGAAUUACAUCCAUACCCCCGUAGGGUGAGAACAGGUCACCCUCCCAGCAACACAGAACCUUUAACCGAGAGCCGGACAGAAACAAUCAACUUGGAUAUAUAUGUUCCUCCAGAUGAGCGUUUUAGUCCCAAGAAACUAUCACAGUUCAUAUCAAAUUCAAUCCAGGCUACUUUGCAUUUCAUUAUCACAGAGGCAGAUUCAUUAUUCAAACAAGAUUCCAAUAGUUUUGAGUCAUUUGACGAGAUACAUGAUAUGUUUUCUAGCAAGAGAAGUAAUGCAGUAGAGGGAAAGGCCAAAGAAAAAUUGAAGGGAAAGGUCAAAGAAAGAUUGAAGAAAUUAGUUCCAGAUGUCCUUUUCAAAGAAAUUACUUAUGUAAGCAAAGAAGACCUCGUGAAAUUCCCAUUACCUCAAAUUAUAAGAGAGAAUGAAUUAGCCUGGGGAAACGAUGAGGAAUUUGGACGUCAAAUGCUUGCAGGAACUAAUCCAGCAAGGAUACGAAGUUUGCAGGAAUUCCCACCAGAAGGCAGAUAUGGAGUGAGUACAAUAGAGGCAUCACACAUAGAGCACAACCUUGAUGGGUUGACACUUUUCGAGGCGAUGAAUGAAUGGAGGAUAUUCAUCUUGGAUCACCAUGACUAUCUCAUGCCGUAUUUAAGCAAAAUUAACACAAAGGGUGUUUGUGCUUAUGCAUCAAGAACACUAUUUUUCUUAAGAACUGAUGGUACAUUAAAGCCAUUAGCAAUAGAAUUGAGCCUGCCUGGCUCCAGUGAGGACACAGAAGUCAGCAGGGUGUUUCUCCCAGCAAAUCAAGGAACUGAAGCAGCACUAUGGCAGCUUGCUAAAGCUCAUGUUGCAGCUAAUGACUCAGCAUACCACCAACUAAUCAGCCAUUGGUUACACACUCAUGCAGUAGUUGAGCCGUUCAUUAUUGCAACUAGAAGGCAGUUGAGUGUCAUGCACCCAAUCAACUGGCUACUACGUCCUCAUUUCAAGGACACCAUGCACAUAAACUCAUUGGCUCGGAGUAUCCUCAUAAACUCUAGAGGAAUCCUUGAGAAAACACUCUUUUCUGGUGAAAUAUCCAUGGAAUUGUCUUCUGAACUCUAUAAAGAAUGGAGAUUUGAUGAACAAGCUCUUCCUGCUGAUCUUGUCAAAAGAGGAUUGGCCCUGGAAGACCCAGACAAUCCAAAUAAUCCCACUGGGGUACAGCUCCUCUUCGAUGAUUAUCCCUAUGGUGCAGAUGGACUUGAUAUUUGGCAUGCCAUCAAGACAUGGGUCACAGACUUCUGCUCACUUUUCUACAAAGACGAUUCUUCUGUCAAUUCUGAUAUAGAAAUUCAAGCAUGGUGGUCUGAGAUCCAGAAUGUAGGCCAUGGUGAUAAGUGCAACGAGACAUGGUGGUACAAAAUGACAACUCUCUUAGACCUAACAGAGGCUCUAACAACACUCAUAUGGAUUACAUCAGGCCUUCACGCUUCCGUCAACUUUGGGCAAUAUGCAUAUGCUGGCUGCCCUUUAAAUCGUCCCAUGCUAUGUCGAAAAUUUAUUCCAGAGGAAGGGACACAAGAAUUUGCCGAGUUCUUAAGAGAUCCAGACAAAUAUUAUCUUAACAUGCUGCCCGGCAGAUUUGAGAUGAGCCUUGGUAUAGCAUUAACAGAGGUUCUCUCGAAGCACACAUCUGAUGAAGUAUACUUAGGUCAGAGGCCGCUGUUAGAGUGCACUGACAAUGUAGUUCAGCAAAAAUUCAAGAAGUUCAAUGAACAUCUCCAAGAGAUAGAGAAGAAAAUUAUUCAGAGGAACAAAGAUCCCAAGUUUAAGAACAGGAGCGGCCCUGCCAAGAUCCCAUACGAACUUCUCUACCCAGAUACAUCCAAUGUUGGACCCAGAUGGGGCAUCACAGGAAAGGGGAUCCCUAACAGCGUAUCAAUAUAGCACGACUUCAUUAUACUGCAUACUGUAGUCCAGUGAUGACUAUACAGUCACUAUAGAAGUGUUUCUCCAAAAUAUAUACUUGUCCAAAGCAUGCUAAGCUCCACCAUUUUCCUGGUCUCAUCCUGAUAGUGAUUGCAGUACUGAAACAUGUUCUUUGUUUCUUAUGAGUCAAAGGGGAGAAAAUAUCAAGGGUUCAAUUUAA